CCAUUUAUAUAAAAGUAGCGAUUUUUUCACCCAUCCAUGGAUCAGCUUUAAAUGUAACCCGGGACAACGCCUUUUUGUGGUUGGUUAGAAGACAAGAGUGGCGUUCCAUAGCCUCGCUCUGACGUAAAUGUAAAUAUUUACCAGGAUUCUUUUUAUCCCACGAUUCAGUGAGCGUAUAGACAACACAUGUAUAACUUUUAAAACUCUUUACACCGAGGAAAAUGCUCUGGAAAAUACUUAUUUUUGGAUUAUACUGUGGGUUUGUCUUUGGUAAUGAGGAGUUUAACAAGAUUGUGGACGACUUUUGGGAAUGGCGGAUGAGGAAUAACCCUGAGUUUGCGUCAAAUGUUGGGGACCAGCGAUACACAGACGAGGUUGAAGAUUAUAGUCCCGACGCCUUUGAAAACAGAAAGACCGAUAUGGACGAGUUCCUGAGACGCCUUGCAACAAUAAACCAGGACAGCUUGUCGAAGACUGACCGUAUCAGCUAUGCUGUACUGAUGGACACAAUUCAAACUUGGGUCGAUGGAUAUAAAUGGAAAAAUUACGGGCCAAUGAACCCAGUCAGCGUACUAGAAGGAUUGCAAACUUCGUACGGAAACGCAGCUGGUCAGGUGAAGUUUGGCACUGAAGAAAGCUUCAGGAAGUUCGCUGCAAGGAUCCGGAAGUUCGGGGUUCAGAUAGACCAGAUCAUGGAAAGGAUGAAUGUUGCUGUCCGUGGCCAGACAACUCACAGCAAAGAGUCCGUAGAGAAGGUUCCUGGAAAAUUGAACAGAAUUUACAACCAAUUCAAAGACAACGUUACAGCUUUCCCAAUGUAUGAGCCGUUUAUGGAGAUGUUGGAUGCAAACGUUACCGAUGAGAGCAAGAAAAGCGAAAUCAGGAGUUUAGCAAAAAGCAAUGUGGAGUACCUUCUCAGCAAAAUGAAAGCUCUCGCCGACUUCAUCACAAAUACAUACAUACCAAAUACCAGAACAUCAUUUGGAGUUGGAGGUUUACCACAGGGAGCUGAAUACUACAAAGCGUGUUUAAAAUGGCAACUGUCUGUGAAUCUAACAGCUGACGAGAUACAUGAAGCGGGAAUUAGAGAGGUCAACAGAGUGUAUAAAGAGCUACAGAAGAUUGUCAAAAGAGCGAAUUUCCAAGGGACGGUCGAGCAGUAUAAUAACGUUCUGAGGAACAAUGACAGCCUUUUUAUAAGUGAUGGAGAUGUUGCCAUGCAAAGAUUUCAAGAACUUUAUGAGGACAGAAUUGUACCCAAAUUAGACAGAAUGUUUAAGGAUAUACCAGAUGUACCACUGGUGAUUAAGAAGAUGCCUUAUAAUGGUGCCAAUGGAAUUUACAAAAAUGGAGCUCCAGAUGGGUCCAGACCUGGUGUUUUCUACGCAAACGUGCAUGAAAAAGUACCAACAUUCGACAUGGCUGCUUUAAUGCUUCACGAGACAGACCCCGGGCAUCACUUGCAGGACUCCUAUGCGCUAACUGCUCAGGGUAUACCGAUGUUUAGGAAAGCGACGGACUUCUCAAAAUAUUUUGCAGUGCCGCUACAUUUUCCAUUCUACACCGCUUAUUCGGAGGGAUGGGGACUGUACUCUGAAGACUUGGGAGAAGAACUUGACAUUUUUGAAAAUGACUUGGAAAGGUUUGGAAAGUUUGGCUUGGAGAUUUUCCGUGCUGCGCGGCUUGUUGUGGAUACAGGGAUACAUGCUAAAGGAUGGUCACGUGAUAAAGCUAUUGAAUACAUGAGUAACUACACAGCUUACACGCCUGAAUUUAUUGCACGAGAGAUUGAUCGUUACUCCACGUGGCCGGCACAGGCAACCUCGUACAUGAUCGGGAAACUCAAAAUACGUGAACUAAGAGAUAUGGCUAAAGGAAGUCUUUGCACAUACUUUGAUAUCAAGGAGUUCCACAGCAUCGUAUUGAGCAAUGGUGCCAUGCCUCUAAGCGUUAUGGAAGAACUCGUUAACGAGUGGAUUAGUGAUGUCAGAGGACGCCAAACUGACGUCGAUAAGAAAUGCUUGAAUGAAAUAGUUGAGGACUUCUGGGAAUGGCGAAUGAAGAACAACCCUGAAUUUGCCAGCAAUGUUGGUGACCAUAGAUACACUGACAAAGUUGAGGACUACAGCCUUGAAGCAUUUGAAGGAAGAAAGAUGGAUAUGGAUGGUUUCCUGAAACGUCUUAGUUAUGUGAACAAAGACAGUCUGUCGCAUGGAGAGCGCGUGACGUUUGACGUCCUGAAGGAUACAAUACAAAUAUGGGUGGAUGGAUACAAGUGGAGAUAUUACGGACCAAUGAAUCCAAUUAAUGUCUUAGAAGGAAUACAGUCAAAUUACGGAUCUCGAGCAGACCAGGUCAAGUUUGAACGAGAGGAAGACUUUAGAAUGUUCGCCAAAAGAAUACUAAACUAUGGUGUACAGGUAGACCAGAUAAUUACUAGGAUGCGCAAAGCGAUCGAAAUGAGAACUACCAACCACCUGGCUUCAAUCGAAAAAGUCCCACCACAAUUGGAAACGAUUCUGACAAUGUAUAUGAAUAACAGAACAGCCUUUCCGAUGUAUGAACCGUUUAAAGAGAAGCUGGACAACCUAGUAUCAAAUACUACAGCGAAAACUGAAAUUCGAAAUGCUGCCGUUGCCAAUAUUAAAAUACUCCUGGACAAAAUAAAGACACUUGCAGAUUUUCUAAGAACUACGUAUAUACCCAAUACAAGGACGUCAUUUGGUGUUGGAGGUUUACCACAAGGAGCCGAGUACUACCAAGCAUGUUUAAAAUGGCAACUGUCUGUAGAUAUGACUGCUGAUGAAAUACAUGAAGAAGGAAUUAAACAGGUCAACAGAGUGUAUAAAGAGUUACAGAAGGUAAGUAGGGUGAUAUAGGGGCAACCAUCUGUU